AUGAGCAGGGGGGAAGGAGUCCGAGUGGCAGGGAAGACGUGGGGGAGAAGAAUAUCUCUGCGUCUUCCUACAUUGACUGUCCUUAUUCCGUCAGUCUCCUUGGCAGGACUGUUCGGUUCUGCCUCCGUGGAAGAAAAGCUCAUACGAGGCUGCACCAGCCCAGCCAGCCUGGGCUUUUGCAGUCGGUCCCUGCCCAUGACCAUAGCCGUGUGUGUGUUCUUCCUCUGCCUUUGGACUUGGAUGGCCAUCUCACUCUGCAGGCAUAAUUAAGGCAACCAGAACCGCUGGGGCGCCUGGGUGGCUCAGUCAGUUAAGUGUCUGCCUUCAGCUCAGGUCAUGAUCCGAGGGUCCUGGGAUCGAGCCCCAUAUUGGGCUCCCUGCUCAUCUGGGAGCCUGCUUCUCCCUCUGCCUGCUCUGCCUGCCGCUCCCCCUGCUUGUGCUCCCUCCCUCCCUCCCUCCCUCUCUCCCUCUCUCUUUCUGUCAAAUAAUUAAGCAAAAAAUUUUUUUUUUGUAUAAACAAAAUCUUAAAGAAAAAGACAACCAGAGCUGAGAUAAUGUAUAGAUUAAUGAUACGUCUUGAGUGGUUCUCUCUGAAAGCUCAACUACAUGGAAAUCCUGGAAACCUACUUAAUUUGCAGGAAAGGUGCUCUGCCUUGCUGCUCUCAGAGAUUUAGGGCUAUGGGAGGCCUAAGCUGCAGAAAUUUCUUUCACCGCACUUUGGUUCUGCCCUUGUUUUUCGAAAACUCUAAUUUGUAACUACUGUAUCAGAAGAAACAUUUCAACCAAGUUUUUCCUUGGAAAUUAACAGUCCUACCUGAUGACUGUCCCAUCACCUGAUGACUUUAUUUCUUACCCCAUCCAGCAAAAAGUUAAUAAUUACAAUUUAAUAUGUUUAUUCUCGACUCAGAGUGUUGGGCAGAGUCCCAUGUUGAAGCUGCCUGAAAUAACUCCGAAGGGGCCGUGCGGGGCUGCUUGUGGACAAGUGCAUUUGAGCUAGUGUGGCAGAAAACCACGAUAAAAUGGAAAUUUUAUGUCCUUGCAAACAUUCUGAGUUUGUAAAACUACCUUCGUCUCUCUUUUUUUUUUUUAAAGAUUUUAUUUAUUUAUUUGAGAGAGAGAGAAUGACAGACAGAGAGCAGGAGAGGGAGGAGGGUCAGAGGGAGGAGAAGCAGACUCCCCGCCGAGCAGGGAGCCCGAUGCGGGACUCGAUCCCGGGACUCCAGGAUCGUGACCUGAGCCGAAGGCAGAUGCCCAACCAUCUGAGCCACCCAGGCGCCCCUACCUUCGUCUCUUUGACAUCAAAUGCUUACGUUAGUAAUGAUAAGAGGACACUUCUCCAUAAAAAAAAACACAACAGUUCAUUGAAAAAACAAUACGUAGCAAGAUUCAAAUAUGUAAGAAUAAAAUCAUGCGUCUUGCCACCCUUACAGGAUGACUGUUUUUGAGACAGAUGGCCUUCCCAACAUACGUCUUUAAAAAAAAAAAGCAGUUACGAUUUUGAUGUCCACAGGGCCCCCCAUUUCCCAGGGGAUGUGGAGUUGGUCCCCAGCAGCAGGUGGUUUACGGAGAGCGUCGUUGAAAAGACAGUGGGCACAUGUCUGCAGCCGGCUAAGGCUGCCCUGAUGUCUGUUUUGGACAUGAUGCUGGGGACAUUGUCAGCACCCUGCGGUGAGGCAAGUACCCCCAGGAUCACUGUGGUGCUCCCUUCUUGUUGGAUCCAAAUUUCCCACGUGUUCCUGUCUAGAGCGCUGGUAUUUCACAAUGCAUGGAGAAGGCUGGCUGUCUGCCCCGGAAGUCUAGAACCUCUGCCCCCAAGCCUCCUUGACAUCUGUGAAUGUCAGGGCACAGGGAGUCAGGGGUCCCCAGGAAGAACCCAGGAAAUGCCUUGUGAGCCUUGUAGGAGAGGAGAGGCUUGUGGUUUGAAUGAACAAAGACCACAGGCUUAACCACCCUGGGUUUUCACGACUUUGUUUCCUAGGGCAGAAUUUCUUUUUUUAUUGUGGCAUAUUUCAGAGGGAUUCUCCCCAUAUAUCCAUCACUCAGAUUUAACAAUUAAAAGAUUUUGCCACAUUCCCUUCUUUUUCCUUUUUCUUUUUUAACUUGGUUUUUUUUUUUUGCUGUUGUAUUUUAUUUUUUUAAAAGUUGAUGGUAUUUUGAAGAGUUUAUUUAUUUAUUUGACAGAGAGAUAGAUAGAGCCAGAGAGCACAAGCAGGGGGAGUGGGAGAGGGAGAAGCAGGCUCUGCACUGAGCAGGGAGCCUGAUGUGGGGCUCGAUCCCAGGCCCCUGGGAUCAUGAUCUGAGCGGAAGGCAGAUGCUUAACCAUCUGAACCACCCAGGCGCUCCUUGCUGUUGUAUUUUAAAUCCCAGAUUUGUUGUUAUUGUAUCCUUUUAUGUUGUAGUACGUCUUUCCAAAAAAGAUGGUUAUUUUUGAGCUAACUACAGUAUGUUAAUACACCUAACAAUGGCCAAAAAGCACACAAAAAGAUACUCAUUGUCAUUAGUCAUUGGGGAAAUAAAUGCAAAUCAAAACUACAGUGAGAUCCCACCUCACACCCACUUGGAUGGUCAUCCAUAAUAAUUUUUUUAAAAGAUUAUUUAUUUAUUUGACAGAGAAAGCACAAGCGGGGGGAGGGGCAGAGGGAGAAGCAGGCUCCCCACUGAGCAAGGAGCCCGAUGUGGGACUUGAUCCCAGGACCCCAGGAUCAUGACCUGAGCUGAAGGCAGACUAAGCCACCCAGGCACCCCUAUCCAUAAUAAUUUUAAAGACAAAAGCAAUGGAAGAUGGCCAGCAUUGGCAAGGAUGUGGAGAAAUUGGAACCCUUAUGUGGGGACACUGGCCAGAUGUGAAAUGGAGCCAGCCACUCUGGAAAACAGCUUCUGGAUGAGGUAAACAGAAGCACCAUAUGACCCAGCAAUUCCACUCCUACGACCGCAUCCAGAACAAUUGAAAACAGGUGUUCAAACAAAAACUUAUGCAUGAAUAUUCAGCAGCACUGUUCACAAUAGCCAAGAAGUAGAAGUAAUGCAAAUGUUCAUCAGCACGUGCACGGAUCAACAAAAUGUGGUCUAUUCACACAAUGGGAUAUUUCAGCUAUAAAAAGAACGAGAUGCUGAUAAAUGCUACAGUGUGGAUGUACCUAGAAAACAUCAUGGUGAAUGAAGGCAGCCAGACACAAAGGGCCACAUUUUACAUGUUAUAUGGCGUUUAUAUGAGAUGUCCCGAAUAGGCAGAUCAGAGAUACAGAACAGAUUAGUGGUUGCCGGGGCUGGGGGAGGGGGAGUGGAGACGGGCUGCUGAUGGGGACAGUCUCCAUUUGGGGUGAUAAAAACGUCUGGACCUGGACAGGGAUGACGGUCAUACAAUAUUGUGAAUGUACCUAAUGCCACUGAUUUGUACGCUUUAAAUGCUUAUGUUGGUAGAUUUUGUGUGUGUGUGUGUGUGGUUUUUUUUUAUCACAAUGGGAAAAAAUCUACCUACAAAAUCAACAGUGAUUCCUUAGUAUUAUCCAAUAAUCAAAUUUAAAUUUCCCUGGUUGUCUCAGAAAUGUUCUUUCAUGUUAAUUUGUUUGAGUCAAAUCCAGACAGGGUCCAUAUCUUGCAUGUGGUGGUUUUGUCUCCGAAACUUCUCAUUUUAACUUUUUAGCAUGGAACAUUUCAAGUAACUAUGCAAGUAGAGUAGUAUAAUGAACUCCUAGGUACCAUCACCGAGCUUCGCUAACGAUCAACUAACAACCACUUAGAAAAAGCUUAUUUUUAACUGUUCAUUUUGAAGAAUUUCACACUUAAAAAAGUUGCAAAAUUAGCAAAAAGAAUUUCCUUAUGCCCUUACACCAGCUUCCCCAAACGCUAACAUCUUACAUAACAGUCAUUGAUCAGUGAUAAAAUCAGAUGUCAUCAGCCAGCCCACCAGCGUCUUUGUCUGGGACACGUUGCUUAUUGCAAUGGGAUCCCCCAGGGUCCUUCCUUCUGGGCUGAUUCCUCAGUCUUUCUAGUCUUUAAGGACGGUGGCAUUUUUGAAGAGUACUGGCUGGUUAUUUUGUAGACUGUCCCUCAAUUUGGUUUUUUUCCUCAUGUCUCCUCAUGAUUUAAUUUAAUUUUAGGUUAUGCAUUUUUGGCAGGAAUGUCCCAGAAACAGUGCUGUGCCCUCUUGGUGCAUUCCAUCAGGAGGCACAUGAGGGUACGUCUCCCCGUCGUUGGCUGAGGUUCACUUUGAUCAGCGUGUCGGAGGUGAUCCGUGCCAGGGUUCUCCACACUGCAGAAUUACUACUUGUCCCAUUUAACUAAUAAGUAUCUUGUGGGAAAGCAUGUUGACUGUAUAAAUAGCCGCUUUCCCAUCAUUCUUUUCCCCUCUUAAUGUUUGCAUCCAUUGAUAAUUCUUACCGAAGCAGUUAUUACAGGGUGUUUGCCAAACAAUGAAUUUGUAUUUCUAUCAUUCCUUCUAUAUUUAUUAGCUCGAAUUGACUAUAAGAAAGAGCUUUCCUUUUUUUCCCCAUUGAUUCGUUUAUUCCAACAUGGACUCAAGGAUAUUUGUUUUAUUCCCUAAGUUAUUGUUGUUAUUAAUUUUGUUGCUCAGAUUGUCCCAUAUUUGGCCAUUAAUUAAUCUUCAAGAUUAAUAGCCGCUUGUUUAAUCUAUACUCCAUCCGUUCUUCUCCCCUAAAUUAUUUUGAAUCAUAUCCCAGAAAUCCUUACUUCAUCUGUAAAUAUUUCUGUGUCCCUAGAAGAUAGGAAUUCUUUUAAAAAUCAUAGAUAAUGCCAUUGCCAUGUCUAAAUAAUACCAACAAUAAUUUCGUAAUAUCAUCAAAUAUCCAGUCAUUGUUCACAUAUCCUUCAUGGUCUUAAAAUUGUUUUAUGUUGCUUACAAUUUGUUUGAAUCAGAUCCAGAUGAGGCUCUUGCAUUGUGAUUGGUCAAUGAGAUUCUCAAGUGUUUUUUAAUCUACUGAU